GAGGCCUGGCUUCCCUGCCCUGUGGGAUCGCAGCUGACUUCCCCUGCCUGCGCUUCCGCAUGCCCAGGCGGAGCCCAGACCUGUCGGCAGGCCGGGGCAGCUCCUCCAUUCUGUCCCUGGGGAAGCUGGUGGGUGUCCCCGUCCUCUCCUCAGGCCCAGAGCCGCUCUGUUGGGAAGGGCUCCCAGAUGGGGAAGCUGUAAGGAUGGGUCGGCCUUGCCAUUCACUGUGGAUCCCAUUAGGCUCCAGAGUGAAUGUGCUGCAUCCUCCCUCUCCUUUCCCACCUAAGCGAUCCCAGAAGGUCUUCCUCCUCGCUGAAUCCAGGGACUGAUGCAUCCCCCUUCCCUGCUCCGGUGCCUGACUCCUGCAUCCCAGCAGCCGGUCAAUCCCUGGUGAUCCCGGCUGUUCCCCGCUUCUCCCCUCUGCAGGAUCCUUUCCCCACCGCUGGGAAUGACGGCCUCUCCUGCCCCUCGACUCUCGGCCUUGCUCACUGCAGGAGAGGGUUCACGCUGGCAGUCGGCAGCUGAGCAGCGCGCUGCCCGCUAUGGCCGGCUGGUUUAGGCGACUCCUGCACAAACCCAAGCCCAGGUCGGUGGAGAGCAGCCUUGAUUCCAGCCGCUCUUCUUCAUCCUCACCUUCCUCAUCCUCUGACCGCUCCGGCUACUCUCCCAGCACGAGCCUGGUCAGUUCCGUCCGCCUGUCACCCAUCUUGGUGUCGGACAUCAAUGCCUCAGACAGCGCCCGGUGGGCCAAGAGCUACGACGUCUGCAUCUGUCACAGCGAGGUGGACCUGGAGCUGGUGGAGGAGCUGGUGUCCUACCUGGAGGGUCAACCCGAAAGCUUCCGUUGCUUCCUUCAGCUGCGGGACGCGGCGCCGGGAAGCGCGAUGAUGACGGAACUGUGCAAUGCCGUACAAAACAGUCACUGCUGGGUCAUGCUCAUCACCCCUGGCUUCCUCCAGGACCCUUGGUGCAAGUACCAGAUGCACCAGGCAUUGGCCGAAGCUCCGCUGGCCAAUGGGCGCACCAUCCCGGUGUUGAAGGAUGUGGAUCGGAAGGAUUAUCCCAAGGAGCUGCGAAACCUUUACUACAUCUACAUGGCGCUGAAGGAGAACAGCUUCAGGCAAAUCAGGGACACAAUCAUGCACUACCUCCAGGAGCUGUGCCGGAGCUCUGCGAGCAGGAUGGAGUAGAGCCGGGAGGGAGCGAGGCAUCUUGUGGACGUUUCGGAGCUGCCACCUCUGGAUCUGGAUGCGGCCGUGUCCUGACAGCCCUCAUGGGUGAAGCAGAGCUGCUCGGGCCGCGCCUGGGAACCGAAGAUGGGGAGAUCCCUGUGGCGGCGUGGGGGACAGCACCGCGGAGCCUGCCACGUCCUGACAACACUUCCAGCAUCCCAAAAGCCAAACCCCCCUCGCCGGGGCUGCUGCUCAUCGUGCAAACACUAAGCUCCCACGUCGGGUGGGUCUGGGGGUCUUCGGAGCUGUUUUACGGCAGCGUAACACCAGGGUGAGGGCUGGUCCCGGGGCGCUCAGACCCCACCCAGGACCCCUGGUAAGCUGACAUGGUGCCUGCCCCACGGGCAGGAAAAGGAGGGGCGAGCAGUGACUUUGUUAGGACUAUGAAAAUGCAGAAGUUAUAAAAUUUUUUUGUUGUUUUAA